UCACUUUGUGUUUGCGAUAAGGACCGGAAUAUAUUUCCUGUCAUUAACGAUCCUCAUCUAUAAACAACAUUUUGAAACAUGUGAUGCUGUGAUUGAUAUUGAGUAAAUGAUGAAAUUUACCGGUAUCCUCAAAACUUUCAAUUUUUUAAAAAAUGUUUCGUACCGACGAUAUUCUUGUGCAAGAAAAUUAGUUCUUGGAAUUGAAACUAGUUGUGAUGACACUGGUGCAGCAGUUGUGGAUGAAAAUGGAAUUAUCCUGGGCGAAGGAUUCGAAUCGCAAAUGAAAAUACAUUUAGACAAUGGCGGAGUCAUUCCUCAUAUUGCAGUUCAUUUCCAUAAAGAAAACAUAAAAUCAGUUGUUUCGUCAGCCUUAGAAAACAGCAAAAUAAAUCUCGAGGAUGUUACAGCUAUUGCUGUUACAACUAAACCUGGUUUGAAAGGAUCAUUGCUAGUUGGAGUGACAUAUGCCAAACAGUUGGCUGAGAUAUCUAAGAAACCUCUUAUUCCUGUUCAUCAUAUGGAAGCUCAUGCCUUGACAGCACGUUUGCUUCAUGACAUACAGUUUCCCUUUAUUUGCCUUCUUGCUUCUGGAGGCCAUUGUCAACUGACUUUGGUAAAAGGUGUUGAUGAAUUUCUACUUCUGGGGGAUUCUAUGCAUAAUUCUCCAGGAGAAGUGUUGGAUAAAAUAGCAAGGCGGCUGAAACUUCAGAAUCUACCUGAAUGUUAUGAAAUGAGUGGUGGCCAAGCUAUAGAUUAUAUGGCCAGAAAGGGAGAUCCCACAGCUUUCAACUUCCCCCUUUCCAUGACUCAGUACAGAGACUGCAAUUUUUCAUUCUCUGGAUUUGUUUCCUAUUCAAUGACCACCAUAGCAAGAGAAGAAGAAAAAUAUGAUGUAGCUGCUGAUGGGGUGAUUCCAUCAGUUCAUGAUUUCUGUGCCUCCCUCUUACAGGGUUAUGCUGUGCAUUUCAGCCAUCGAAUCCUUCGAGCAUUUGCAUUUUGUGAGCAAGAGAAUCUCAUAGCUAGUCAUCAGAGGAGUUUGGUGUUUUCUGGCGGUGUGGCCUGUAAUGCAUAUAUUAGGACUGCAUUGGAGCAUUUGUGUACUUCCACCUUGAAUGCAAAAUUCUUUGUACCAUCUCCUAAAUUGUGCACAGAUAAUGGCAUUAUGAUUGCAUGGAAUGGUAUGGAGAAGUUGAAAGCCAAUAUUGACAUCCUACUUUACACAGAAAAUCUUGUUCCGGAUCCUGAUUGUCCUCUUGGGGUCGACAUGAGAAGCUCUGUGAGAAAAGCGUCUAUAAAAAUGAAAAGUCCAAGACUGGAAAUGAAAGUCAAAGAAGAUUUGAUGCGAAGUAGUUCGUGAAUGAGUUAUAGUGUACAGUAAUAAAUUAAAUAUUUUAUUUCA